AUGAUAACCGCGAGUCCCGAGAUCCUCCACAUCAACCCCAACCCGUGGCACAUCCCGCGGCCCAAGAAACUCACCUUCAUGCAUCUGCCCCCCGAGGUGAGACUCCGCAUCUACGAGUUCGUCCUCGUCGACAUCCCCCGAUGGGACAAGAAACAUCAUCUCAAGUGCCGCUGCCGCCCGCGCCUGGACACAGACGACACCGAGCACCCGCCCUUCCUCCAGAGCAUGGUCAAGAUCACGCCGCUCCCUCCCAAGUUUCACAUCGCCACGACCACGCGGUGCGACUGUGCCAAACGCAAGGGCCUCUCUCUCCUCCUCGCGUCCAGGGAGAUCAACCAGGCUGCCUCGCCCAUCUUCUGGUCCCUCAACACCUUCUGCUUCCUCGACUCGAUGGAGUUCCUCGCCACUGUCGGCCACAGACUCCGGCCCAAGCACCAGCAGCGCAUCCAAUCCGUCAGCUUCAUGAGUCCUGAUGCGAGGGGAAUGCCGCGCCACGUCAGAUUGUACGGCCGCCGGAGAAGGCACAUCGAACCGUUCUGGCAGGCCAUCAGGAAAUGCAUCCGUCUUCGCCACCUCGAACUGCCCGCCUGGUACAUCAAUCCUGCGCACUUCAACAUCCAUCGCAGCAACCAGCUCGCGAAGGCUCUACCUCAUCUGCAGUCUCUGGAGAUCAGCCAUUUGCUCCCAUAUAGCAACAAGGCUCAUUCCUGGGGAUACCCGUCGCCAUGGUACAAGCAGCCGGAGGAACGGACCUUCUACGUGCGCUGCUCCAGGCGAGUGCCUCUCGUGAGGGACGGAUCGUGGACGAAUCAGGCCGCAAAAGACCUUUUCCGGGAGCUGCAGCACAAUUUUCGCGUGCAUGUCAAUACUGCCGUCAAGACGAAGCUGCUCGGAGCGACGAUAGAUGGCCUGGAGGAGUAUCGAACCACGUUCAGGCUCCCGAGACAGCUGGAUGAGCAUAACUGCGUGCGCCGCAUCACGCUGCCGUCGGGGGAGACGACGACCAUUCGGUUCUAUGGUCUGCGAACCAGCAAACAGACUAGACUUCACGUCGUUCAGGAGAAGAAGGCGCUGGAUCAGAAGCAGAAGCUGAAAAAUAACCGUACGCAUGCGCAGCAGGAGGCGAUGGACAGGGAAAAGCAGCGCAAGUGGCAAAAACGCAGAUUUGAGGAAGAUCUCGAACGUCGCAGGCAUGAUGUAGACCUGAAGCAACGGGAUAGUCGGCUGGAGCUACUGAGGGAGGAGGAGGAAAAGCAGUCUAGGAAACUCGCGAGGGCUAUCAAAAGAGCCGAGGACAAGAGGAAAAGCCUCCACCAGUCUGAGAGAAAGAAAACUAUUCACAUCAAUAAUUACUAA